AACGUGAUUAUCGUAAACAACAAGCAUUUUGCCUGACGAUAAAACGUACGAAGGAGAAUAUGAAUCAGAAAUUGAAAAAAGUGAUGGCCAAAUCACUUAUGCAUCAAAUGAACGUGGACGAUAUUGUAGUGAGCGAUUACAUUAACGUUGACACGAUAGAAGUAGCUACUAGAGAGAUACAAUUGUUGUAA